AUGAGAGACUGGCUGACGUUUUGCGGUUAUAUUGUCGGCCUCGAAGCGGAAAGACCCCCUAACGAACGACGCCACCCCAAGAACUUCUUGCCAGAUGCCCUUUUGCCCCAGUAUCAGAACCUUGAACACCUGAGAAGCAUGCUAGUGGACUGGAACGGAUCGCACUUGGUAGCCCGGGACAGUGCCGGGAACAUCUCGAACAUCGGCGCCAAAUUCUUGUACGAACUGUUAUUCGACAACAAUAUGCAAUUGAUGUCUGCGUCGAAUCUAGCAAGGCAUAUUUUCAAGAGGUGGUGCCGUAUGUCCAACCUGGAAAUCUUCAGCCCCCUUUUCAGUGCUAACACAGCUGCAGUUGUUGCUCAUAGCGCCGCCUCCUUGGCAAAGGAACCAUUCUCUGUCAAGGCGCGGUACUGGAAGAUUCCCAAAGACGUCAUUUUGGUCGACAGAGUGGUGCUGGUGUAUGACAUGGUGCCUGGAUUGUGGUUGUGGGACGUCCACAGUACAAUUCUGGACGAUGACAAACUCUCUGAGGGCCUGAAAAAGGUUUUGAAACUUUUCUGCGAUGUCAACCACAGGAGUCAAGUCAGGGACCUUUGGCGGGAAUUCAUGGCUUUAGUUCUUAAAGCACAUGCAGCCCCCCCUGACACCGCGCAGCCCAUAACAGCCCGACUCCUACGCCCCGACGACAACCUGCAGCAUAUGGUACUACUUGGUUCUCAUCCUCAAGGCUACUACAACACGUACAUUCGGAGAGAUCAUCUGGCAUCGUUAAUUUCGAAUGGUUAUACAUGGGGUAAGGGCCGUCUAUUUCCCGAGCGUUUAUCGCUUAAUCAAAUCGUGCCUUUGCCUAAAGGCCAAAGACUAACACAAGCGAAUGACUUUCAAUGUACGACAACGACGAUUUCCAACACAAACAUCAAGAUUGCAGGCAACUGGCCCAGGAUACGAACUCAGAAUGCUGUCAUGGAGAAUGUUAGUGCGAACGAGAUCGCCUCUAACAUAUGGCGCAAUGACCCUACAUUGGGUCCACGGUCAGCCGAGUGGCUUCAUCGCUCUGCUUACUCAUUUGGAGGCAGCGGCAACCCAGACUCGGCACAAGAGCCGGAAAACCUGGUCUUUGGGACAUUUGAGGCAAACACCGAGAUGCUCAGAUUCGAGUCGUAUCUGAAGCGAAUCGCCGACGAGGGUGGAACGAAGGUGAUCCUGGAAACUGAAGUGAAACGGGACAACAGCCGACUCGGCGGUGACAAAUAUGUACGAUGGCUCACGCCGCAACUCUUUUACCGGUGGUACCUUGACCUCAACCAGAUCUGCGGCUUCCAGGCCCUGAAUAACGCGCAGGAUGUAGCACGGGCAGUCAGCAGAGACAAGACUUUCAACCUCUUCUCUCGGGGCCACCCCAUGCUGUUCGAGGUGGAGGUCGAUGAGACUUUUGAUGGGAUGCUGGCAACCGCAUCAGAAGAUAUCAAAAUCUUAGUGGCCCUGUUUCUCUUCUCUCAGUCCGGGCUGGCGGCUGCUUACACCAUCAACACCAUGAUACCGAGCCGACUCUAG